AAGUGGGCAGUAUAAUAAUGGAAUCGAGAAUAUUUUGAAUGGUAUGCCUGAGGCUGAGGAAAGAUGGACUUUGCAUCUCCGUUCCGUUCCUCUACUGCAGAGGAAUUGAAUUAGGCGUUGGCCGAUUCACUGUUUGGUUGUUGACCUACCCACCAUCGGACGAGUUGGAAAGGAAAGGAAGAAAGAGAAGCAGUAUUUGGUAUUUACGGAGCAAAGAAAUUGAAAACCCAUUUGGAUUUUGGAUUGGGAACGCAGUAACCUCGAAGCUUGUUCAUCUUCAGCUUCCGUCGUCUCUGCAAAAAAAACUUGUAAAAGGAAGAGAAAAGCCAGAAGAAGAAGAAGAAGAUUUUGUGAGAUUGUUCAACAUCAUGAUAUUGAAUCGCAAGAAAAAGCAUUUCCCUUUCGAGCUAUGGCUGUUUCCGGUGAUCUGCCGUUUAAUCUCCGUCUGUCUAGCCGCCGAUUCCCGAAUCUACGAGGUCGGGCUCUUCUGCGGCACCAAGACGCCGCCGGCGAACACCAGCUACAUCCCAUAUUUCACGCAGGAAAUGCAGGUUCUGUCGCAGCUAGUGAGCGCCCACCAUUGGGGCCACUACGCCGUCAACGCGACGGUGCCCAUUUACGGCCUCGCCCAGUGCCGCGAAGACCUCUCCCUCGACGACUGCCUCUUCUGCUUCGCCGUCAGCCGGACCCGCCUCCCCCACUGCCUCCCUGCCGUCUCCGGCCGCUUAUACCUCGAUGGCUGCUUCCUCAGGUACGAUGACUACAACUUCUUCAACGAGAGCACGGACCCGGCUCGAGACAAGGUGAACUGCAGCAGCACGGUGGCUUCAGAUGGCGGCGCCGCGGAGGCGAGGAAGGCAGGAUUCAACAGCAGCGUCGGCGAGUUGCUAGAGAAUGUGACGAAAUCGGCGGUUUCGAAGGGGGGAUUUGCGGUUGGGGAAGUGAAGGGAGUCUACGGAUUGGCGCAGUGUUGGGAGACUCUGAGUAGCGACGGUUGCAGAGCUUGCCUGGAGAAGGCGGCCGACGAGGUACGAGGUUGUCUGCCCAGCAGCGAAGGCCGAGGAUUGAAUGCCGGCUGUUUUCUGAGAUAUUCUACUACCAAGUUCUACAACGAUGGAUCCCAAAAUAGUUCCGGGUCGUCAAAAACUGGAGCCAUUAUAGCCAUUGCUUUGGGGACGGCAGCCUUCCUCAUGUUCUCAUUCUUUGCCGGCUACGCAUGCUACGUGAGAUUCAAAAGGUUGAAACAAGAACGCUACAAUCUGGGUCAGGUUUCGGCGUCAUUCAGCAGGUCUGGCUUGAAAUUCAAGUACGAAACGCUAGAGAAGGCGACGGAUUACUUCAACCCUUCGAAGAAACUAGGACAGGGCGGAGCAGGCUCUGUGUUCAAAGGGACGCUCCCAAGCGGGGAAACCGUCGCGGUGAAGAGACUGUUCUUCAGUACCAGACAAUGGGUGGAUGAGUUCUUCAACGAGGUGAACUUGAUCAAUGGGAUUCAACACAAGAACCUAGUCAAGCUUCUGGGUUGCAGCAUUGAAGGGCCCGAGAGCUUGUUGGUUUAUGAAUAUGUUCCAAACAAUAGCCUUGACCAGUCACUUUUCGAUAAGGAGAAGGCUCCGAGCCUGAGCUGGAAGCAGAGGUUUGAUAUAAUAGUUGGGACAGCUGAGGGACUGGCUUUUCUUCAUGGUGGAUCUGAAAUAAGAAUAAUUCACCGAGACAUCAAGAGUGGCAACAUUCUUCUCGACGAGAAUUUUGCUCCGAAGAUUGCAGAUUUCGGGCUGGCUCGAUGUUUUGGUCCUGAUAAGUCUCAUCUCAGCACUGGCAUUGCCGGAACACUAGGUUAUAUGGCUCCUGAGUAUCUUGUUCGAGGACAGCUUACAGAGAAAGCUGAUGUUUACAGCUAUGGAGUGCUGGUUCUUGAGAUCGUCUCUGGUAGGAAAAACAAUGCCUUCCUGGAAGACAAUUCUUCACUCCUCCAAACAGUUUGGCAACUCUACAGGACGGAGAGGCUGGCAGAAUGCGUCGACCCUCGCCUGAAAAAUGAUUUCCCGGCGAGAGAUGCAUCGUGUGUGCUUCAAAUUGGACUUCUGUGCACACAAGCUUCAGCCACUCUCCGGCCAUCAAUGGCGGAGGUGGUUCGUAUGCUGACCAUCGGAGACUCCGAAAUUCCGGCACCAAAUCAACCUCCUUUUCUCAAUGCCAGCGUACUCAACGCGGCCAGCUCUACCGGAAGUUAUAGCUUAAACCGCCUAAUAACAAGCGCAUUGAUGAAGAUUGAUGAACCCAGCACCUCCACGGAGUCGUCGAGCCUGCCCAGUUCAGAUGAUCGGUCAAGAAGUGUAGAACAAAGGCUAAAGCAGUCAAUCUGAAUCCAACCGCUGUGUUCAGUGCCUUCAAAGGCCAUUAAAAGCCAACCCAGAGCUCUGGACAUGAAGCUUUAUAGGAAAAGGCUUCAUGAUCUAGUCAAUACACGUCAGAACAAAGGCCGAAUUUUUGUUGAAAUUCUGUGAGAUAGAGAUGCCCAUUAUUCUUGUUGAAUUUUUGUGUAAAAAUUUUUGUAAAAAUAAAAUGAAAGCUUGCUACCA